AGGAGAAGCUAGGAAUCCAUUAUUGUGGCUUCCUCCAAUUUUUACUAGCUUUUUAUACGCAUUGUUAUAAAGCAGUGUUCUAAUAUCUAUGUUUAUACGUUAGCUAACGCGCGCGACUGAAUUCUAGAUCAUCAUAACAGGAAGAAAGCCUCUUGCUGCACUGACUUAAUCCAAGUCAUUUGGAAUGAAGCUCUGAGAAACCACGCAGGUUCUGCAUAGACAAGACAUUCUUGAUUUGCAGGCCUGUAUCUCGCGCCUUCUCAAGCAUCCGCAUACACUAUAUUGCAGCUCACACACUGAAAAACCUUUGCACGAUGCCCAAGUCUAAGGAAGUCAUGUCUUCUACCUCUGGCAGUGGCAGUGACUCAGACAGCGAGGCUGAGACCAAGGCCAAGAAGAGAAAGCAGGCUGUCCCAGAGAAACCUGCUGCUAAGAAACCUAAAGGAGGAGAGAGUUCCAAGCCUGGAGGAACAUCCAGAGAGAGCACCAACAAGGACAAGGAUGACAACAAAUUCCAGAUUGGGAAGAUGCGGUACGUGAGCGUUCGUGAGUUUAAAGGGAAGUGUCUGAUUGACAUCCGCGAGUACUGGAUGGACCAGGAGGGAGAGAUGAAGCCAGGCAGGAAGGGUAUCUCAUUGAACCCAGAGCAGUGGAACCAGCUGAAGGAUCAAAUCUCUGAAAUAGAUGAUGCAGUGAAGGCCAUAUAAGAGGAAGACUUCUGGCUGGAAUUUACAAUCCACCACUUUACAUUUUUAAUCUUGUUAGUGAAACAUUUUUCAAGGAAGAGAACAACAUUUUUUAAGUGACCGUCCAAGACAUUCUGUAUAUUUUAACUUAACAUUUCUGUUUACUUAUUUUACUGUUUUAGAAAACCCAAAGUAUGUUCAGAUGUAGCUAUGUGCACGCGUGCCUGUGUGUGCGUGUCUUGGGUUUGCUAUAAUAAUUCAUCAAUAAAAGCCAUUUAAAGGGAUUACAUUUUCUUU